UUUAAAAAAAAUAUUGAAGGGGAAAAAGACUAACCAAACCUCAGGCCUCGGGUUUAAAUCGAAGCUGGCGUCUGAAAAAGACGUUUAAAUCGACUUCGAAGCGGAUCGACACUGGAGAUAUGAACACCGGCACCGGGAAUUAUCCGAUGGCUUCUCUCUAUGUUGGGGAUUUGCACACCGACAUCACGGAGGCUAUGCUGUAUGAGAAGUUCAGCCCCGCCGGUCCGGUUCUGUCCAUCCGGGUGUGCCGGGACAUGAUCACUCGCCGGUCCCUCGGUUACGCUUACGUCAACUUCUCCCAACCUGCUGACGCUGAGCGAGCCCUGGACACCAUGAACUUUGACGUGGUCAAAGGGAAGCCAAUCAGAAUCAUGUGGUCCCAAAGAGACCCCUCCCUCAGGAAGUCUGGAGUGGGCAACGUCUUCAUCAAGAACCUGGACAAGUCCAUUGACAAUAAAGCGCUGUACGACACCUUCUCUGCUUUUGGCAACAUCCUGUCCUGCAAGGUUGUGUGCGAUGAAAACGGCUCCAAAGGAUACGCGUUUGUUCACUUUGAGACGCAGGAUGCUGCCGAUCGUGCCAUUGAGAAGAUGAACGGAAUGCUUCUGAAUGACCGCAAGGUGUUUGUGGGUCGUUUCAAAUCUCGCAAAGAACGAGAGGCCGAGCUCGGUGCCAAAGCCAAAGAGUUUACCAAUGUCUACAUCAAGAACUUUGGGGAUGAAGUGGAUGACGAUCGUCUGAAGGAACUAUUUGACAAAUACGGUAAAACACUGAGCGUGAAGGUGAUGACCGACUCCACCGGUAAAUCCAGAGGAUUUGGAUUUGUUAGUUAUGAGAAACAUGAAGAUGCCAACAAGGCUGUCGAAGACAUGAACGGCACCGAACUCAACGGCAAGACUGUGUUUGUGGGCCGAGCUCAGAAGAAGAUGGAGCGGCAGGCGGAGCUGAAAAGAAAGUUUGAGAUGCUGAAGCAGGAACGGAUCAGUCGCUAUCAGGGUGUUAAUCUUUACAUUAAGAACCUGGACGAUACCAUCGAUGAUGAGAAACUGCGUAAGGAGUUCUCUCCAUUUGGGUCCAUUACGAGUGCUAAGGUGAUGCUGGAGGAAGGACGUUCCAAAGGCUUUGGCUUCGUCUGCUUCUCCUCCCCCGAGGAGGCCACCAAAGCUGUGACGGAGAUGAAUGGACGCAUUGUAGGCUCAAAGCCCCUCUACGUGGCUCUAGCUCAGCGCAAAGAGGAGCGCAAAGCACACCUCACCAACCAGUACAUGCAGAGAAUAGCCGGCAUGAGAGCCAUGCCGGCAAACGCCAUCAUCAAUCAGUUCCAGCCCACUAGUGGAUACUUCAUGCCCGCGGUGCCACAGGCACAGAACAGGACGACGUACUAUGCACCCAAUCAGUUGGCCCAAAUGCGACCAAACCCCCGGUGGCAGCAGCAAGGUGGAAGAGGUCAAGGUGGUUUCCAAGGGAUGCCCGGCUCACUGCGUCAGCCAGGGCCGCGUGCCAGUCUGAGACACAUGAGUCCCAGCAGCAGCAUGCAGGGCCCACGAGGGAGCAGCCAGGCCAUGGCUCCUCGACCUUCAGUGGGAGUCCCCGGCACCCGGGCCAUACCUCCUUACAAAUACGCCACAAGUGUCCGGAACCCCAACCCUCAGGUGGUGCAGCCGAUCGCCUUACAGCAGACUCAGCCAGCUGUGCAUGUUCAGGGCCAGGAGCCGCUCACGGCCUCCAUGUUGGCAGCUGCACCUCCUCAAGAGCAAAAGCAGAUGUUAGGUGAGCGGCUCUUCCCGCUGAUUCAGGCCAUGCACGCCAACCUGGCCGGAAAGAUCACUGGCAUGCUGCUAGAAAUUGACAACUCAGAGCUCUUACACAUGCUGGAGUCUCACGAGUCUCUGCGAUCAAAGGUGGAAGAGGCCGUCGCAGUGCUGCAGGCGCACCAGGCAAAGAAAGAUGCCACUCAGAAGGUGGGCAGCAUGGCUCCACCUGCUGCCACCACAUCUUGAGGACCGUGUGCUUCGUUAGCCAGGGUGUAGAAAAAAAAAUGAGAUGCUACGGAGAGAAAAACGACUUUUGAACAAUUAUGCAAAAACCAAAAUCAAAUCUUAUUUCAAACUAUACUUGAAGACUUUGAGAAAGAUCAUUUUCUAUGCAUUUUUGUCAUAUUUGUAAAGGAAAUACCAAAAUCCAAAGGAGGGUUUUUCUCCUGAUUAAUUUUGUGGAAGAGGACUGUGAACCUCUGACUGCUUGAAAGUUGUGAUUUGAACUGGUGGAUGCGUCCAUCCCAACAUGCUAUCCUGGGUGUGUGCUGUUCUCAAUAAAGUGUUCAUAUAUCCAGA